UCCGGGGUUGUAUAUACCACACUCACUAACACGACGCGUCCCCGCGUGGCUCCGCUGAAGUGAAAACUCCCAGGCACUUAUGCAUCUGAUGGCUGAGCUCGUGGGGGGCGGGGAGCGGAGGUCACGCCCCCGCUGCUGGGCUCUCCCAGGCCCUAGGCCUGUUUACACUGCCGGGCUCCCCUCGGGGUGGCGAGGGGCCGCGGGCCUGAUCGCCAGCGGUACGGGCAGCUUCUUUGGCCCAGAUGAGCCGAGCCUCGAUAGUGUCCUCUGGGGGAAAGGGUCCAACUUUUGAGGUUCUUGAGAAGGACUCCUCCCCCGGACCUCAGCUCCCAGCGGGUCUCCGGCUCUCCCCAGGAGGAAGCUCUCGGCCGCUUCGGGCAGGGUGGUUGCUGCAGCGGCAGGAAGCUAAAAAUAACCGUGUGGGGGAGAACCGGGGCGAUUCGGCAACCGGAGGGAAUGAUGCAGGUACCCCCACGGCCCGGGUUCCGGGCGGGGAAGGCGAGCCCCACAGCCCGUACCGCGACGCCCGCCUGGGCUGCACCGAUAAGAAGCUGAAGGCAGGAGUCACCGCCGAGGGCAGCGCCCCGGGAGCGCUGGGGAGCCCUAGCCAGCGGACGCCGGGAGUCAAGGUUAUGGAUCCAGCCCGGGGCCCCCAGAAGCAGCUCCCGCGGCCCUGCCUCGUACUGGUGCUGCUCAACCCACGCGGCGGCAAAGGCAAGGCCCUGCAGCUCUUCCGGAGCCACGUGCAGCCCCUGCUGGCCCAGGCCGAUGUCUCCUUCAGGCUUAUGCUCACUGAACGGCAGAACCACGCCCGGGAGCUGGUGCGGGCCGAGGAGCUGGGACGCUGGGACGCGCUGGUGGUCAUGUCUGGAGACGGGCUGAUGCACGAGGUGGUGAACGGGCUCAUGGAGCGGCCUGACUGGGAGACCGCCAUCCGGAAGCCUCUGUGUAGCCUCCCAGCUGGCUCUGGCAACGCGUUGGCCGCCUCUUUGAACCACUACGCUGGCUACGAGCAGGUGACGGACGAGGCCCUCCUCAACAACUGCACGCUGCUGCUGUGCCGCCGGCAGCUGGCGCCCGUGAGCCUGCUGUCCCUGCGGACGCGCUCGGGGCUGCGCAUCUUCUCCAUGCUCAGCCUGGCCUGGGGCUUCGUCGCCGACGUGGACAUCGAGAGCGAGAAGUUCCGGCGCCUCGGGGAGAUGCGCUUCACGCUGGGCACCCUCCUGCGCCUGGUCACCCUGCGCGUCUACCGGGGCAGGCUGGCCUACCUCCCCGUAGAGCAGGCGGUCUCCAAGGCGCCCGCCGCCUCCCCUCCUCUGGACCGGCAGGACCGGCAGGGCCCUGUGGACGCCCACCUCGUGCCGCUGGAGGAGCCGGUGCCCGCUCACUGGACGGUGGUGCCGGAGCAGGACUUCGUGCUGGUGCUGGUGCAGCUGCACUCGCACCUGGGCAGCGAGAUGUUUGUCGCGCCCAUGGGCCACCGUGUGGCCGGCGCCAUGCACCUGUUCUACGUGCGGGCAGGGGUGUCUCGGGCCACGCUGCUGCGCCUCUUCCUGGCCAUGGAGAAGGGCAGGCACAUGGAGUACAACUGCCCCUACUUGGUGUACGUGCCCGUGGUGGCCUUCCGCCUGGAGCCCAAGGACGGGAAGGGGAUGUUUGCCGUGGACGGGGAGAGGAUGGUCAGCGAGGCUGUGCAGGGCCAGGUGCACCCCAACUACAUCUGGAUGGUCAGUGGCCGCGGGGACCCCUCACCUGCUCCAGAGCCGCAGUGGCCGCCACCCAGCCGGAAGCCUCAGCAGACACCGCCUCCGGAGGUUUCCUUGUGACUCCUUGGGCCUGGCUGUGCCUUUGUCUGUCUACCCAGUGAAAUCCGAGGAGCUCGGGGCCUCCCUCCUCCCCACCCCAGACCAGAGGGCUGGCCCCAGUUCCGCCCCAGCUCCCCUGGGAAAGAGGAAGCGCAGGAAGGGGAAGACUCCUGUGGAAGGCUGGGCAGAGGCUGUGCCUCAGAAGCAGCAGCCGGUCAGUCGGGCCCCACUGUGACGUGGAAGCCACGCCCCCGCGAAUCAGAUCCGAAUAAAGUGACGUUCCCAGCCUAACUGGUCUUAUCCUAGGGGUUGAGGUGGGGGCAGUGGCGCCUUGCUCCUGCUGGGCUCUACCUAGUAUUUGCAUUGAUGCCCAGUGGUGCCUCCUGGGUUGCCCGGUCAUUUUGGUGACGGGUACGGGACCACGGCUGCUUUUGUAGAGGGUGGGGCCCUGCCCUGCAAGGACACGCCCUUCGGCCCAGAAGCCAAGGAGCCCAGCCACCUGCCUCACCCGACACACGGGAGGGCAGGCUCCGAGCCAGUGCGGCUUCCUCACCUGGGACUGCACUGCCGGCCCACCUCUGCAGGAAAGGAGAGCGCCCCAGGGGAGAGGCGUCGGGAAAAUGCGAGGACCGACAGAAGCCUGAGUGGCAGGCGCCAGCCCCUCCUGGGCGCCCCCGCCUCAUCCUGCCCCACCCUGGUGGGCGGCUGUUGGGCACCGGUUAAAACGCAGCAGCGGGGAGGGGCAGAUGCCAGGCUCCCACACCGGGCCGACACUCUGGCUCUCAGCCCAGGCCAGGUGCUCCGGGUCACCUCCCCCGCAUCGGGCAGGUGGCCAACGCAGCUAAAAACAGGCUCUUGAAGAACCGACAGCCCUGCCCAGAGACAGGGGGGACACUGACCCACCGAGCCCCGAGGCCCUGACCUCCGGGCCUCUGUGAACCCCACGGCGGGAAAGGUGGGUGUCAGGGAAGCGUGGUGGGCACCUCUGAGGGCCUCCCCCCCACCCCGGGGGAGGGCGUGGGAGGUGCCUGGAGAAGAAAGGCCACAGAGCCCAGGUGAAUGGCAGAGGCAGGUUUAAUGGUGCCACCUUGUCUGUUUUGUACAUUGUAAUGAGCCAAACAAAAAAAAAAUGCAAGUAAAAAAAAGGUUUAAUCACA